UGUAUUUUAUUCAAAUGUUAUUUUCCAUAUUAAUGUCCGGCUCAAACAAACAAACGGCGGGGAGAGGGUUGCUGAAGCCUAAAGUCCGAAGGUAGUGCUUGUAAUUCUAUAGAUUAUGGGGGUCAUGUCGCGGCGGGUUGUGCCCGCCUGUGGCAACCUAUGUUUCUGUUGUCCUUCUCUACGGCCAAGGUCAAGACAACCAGUCAAACGUUACAAGAAAUUGCUAGCUGAUAUUUUCCCACGUAAUCAGGAUGCUGAACCUAAUGAUAGGAAAAUUGGGAAGCUAUGCGAAUAUGCUACUAAGAAUCCAUUAAGAAUCCCCAAGAUUUCAGAUAGUCUGGAGCAAAGGUGCUACAAGAAUUUGCGAAAUGAAAACUUUGGUUCAGUCAAAGUUGUCUUGUGCAUCUACAGGAAAAUGUUAUCAUCAUGUAAGGAGCAGAUGCCACUUUUUGCUAAUGGUUUAUUAGUUAUCAUCCAGACUCUCUUAGAACAAACUCGAACAGAUGAAAUGAGAAUCAUAGGUUGCAAUACCCUUGUUGACUUUAUAAAUUGCCAGAUGGAUAGUACAUAUAUGUUCAACUUAGAAGGCCUCAUCCCUAAAUUAUGCCAACUGGCUCAAGAAGUGGGACAAGAUGAACGAGUUAUGUGCCUACGCUCAGCUGCAUUACAAGCUCUGUCCUUUAUGGUGCAAUUCAUGGGUGAACACUCACAUCUUUCAAUGGACUUUGACCAAAUCAUAUCCGUGACUUUGGAGAAUUUCUUGAAUUCCCCAAUUGAACACAACCAUGCCAAGGAAGGGAAGCUGCAUCCACAGUCUCUGGACCAGCAGAUUCAGGGAAUUCAAGAAGGAGACCGUCUGCUUUCCUUACCAGAUACCAGUAAGAAGGAUCUUUCAUUUCCGAAGAUUGUAAUGGGAACUGAAAUGGAUUCAAUGAAGGAUACUACCAAGGAUCCUACUCAUUGGUCAAAGGUUUGCUUGUGUAACAUGGCCAAAUUGGCAAAGGAAGCUACAACUGUGCGGCAUGUCCUUGAACCUCUUUUCUAUAAUUUUGAUGCUGAAAACUACUGGUCUCCAGAAAAAGGAGUUGCUUUUCAUGUUUUAUCGUAUUUACAAUCCCUUUUAGCGGAGUCAGGAGAUAAUUCGCAUCUUCUGUUUUCCUCUUUGAUCAAGCACUUGGAUCAUAAGAAUGUCGCCAAGCAACCUAUUCCACAGAUUGAUAUAAUUAAUGCCACCACACGGCUUGCACAAAAUGUGGAGCAGCCGGCUUCAAAUGCAAUAAUUGGCACGAUAUCUGACCUCAUUAAACAUUUAAGGAAGUGCAAGCAAAGUUUAAUUCAAUCAUCCAGCACCGCAAAUGAUGCAUAUAAGCAGAAUGCUAAUCUACAGCAUGCCUUAGAAAUGUGCAUAUUGCAACUCUCAAGUAAGGUUGGUGAUAUAGGACCCAUUCUUGAUUUGAUGGCUGUGGUGCUAGAGAAUAUAUCAGCUAGUGCCAUUAUAGCAAAAACAACAAUGUCAGCUGUUCAUCAAACAGCGAGGUUGAUAAGUUCCAUCCCUAAUUUAUCUUAUCACAAAAAGGCUUUCCCUGACUCUCUAUUUCAUCAGUUGCUCCGGUCAAUGACCCAUCCAGACCAUGAAACACGAGUUGGGGCACAUAGUAUAUUCUCUGCAGUGCUUAUUCCAUGCCUCUUCUCUACCCAGUUAAACCAGAAAAGAAUGCCACCUCAGAAUGUACAGUGUGAAAGCUUCUCCAUUGAGGAUGCGAGCCUUAUUGAAGCAGAACCUGAAAGAAAGACAAAGGAAGGGGACGACAGUAAACAUGCAUUGUAUCUGUAUCCUGGUCACAGCUUUAGCUGUGCUCUCACUGAUUAUAAAGAGCUUAGUUCUAUUCGGUUGAGCAGUCACCAAGUGAGUCUCUUGCUUUCUUCAAUCUGGAUUCAAGCAACAUCCAUAGAAAAUGGCCCUGCAAAUUUUGAGGCUAUGGCCCACACUUAUAACAUCGCUCUAUUGUUUACCUGUUCAAAGCCAUCCAAUUAUUUGGCUUUAGUAAGAUGUUUCCAACUGGCGUUUUCCAUCAGAAGCUUCUCUUUGGAGCAAGGAGGUUUACAACCAUCUCAGAGGAGGUCUCUGUUUACCUUGGGAACAUACAUGCUCAUAAUUUCUGCCAGGGCAGUCAAUUUUCCUGAUCUAGUUCCAAUGGUGAAAGCAUCGAUUACAGAGACUACUGCUGUUUGUUUAGAGUCAGAGAAGGUAGUUUAUGGAUCUCUGGAAGAUCAAGUUGCUGCCAUGGAAUCACUUUCUGCAGUUGGAUUGGAUGACAAGAAGUUGAAAGAGAUUGUGACAUCAAACUUAAUGACUAAAUUUGCAAAUUUGUCGGAGGAUGAGUUAUUUCACUUAGAGAAGCAACUUGCAGAGGGUUUUUUACCUGAUGAUGCAUAUCCGCGGGGAGCUCCUCUGUUUAUGGAGACAACAGGGCCGUGCUUUCCUGUUGCUGAGAUUGAGUUUCAAGAUUUCGAUGCAAUGACGACUCCAGUUGCUUCAACAGAUGAAGAGACUGGGCCUGAAUCAACUCGAUUUCAUUCAGAUCAUAAAACAUCAGUCUCUAGUAAUUGCCCUGAUGUUAAAAGCGUAAAUCAACUCUUAGAAUCGGUUUUGGAGACAGCCAAGCAAAUUGCAGAUAUACCCAUUUCCUCAACACCUGUACCUUAUGACCGGAUAAAGAACCAAUGCGAGGCACUUGUAAUGGGUACAAAUCAGAAAAUGUCAAUUCUCCACAGUUUCAACCACGAGAAGGAAACCAAGGCAUUAAUUUUGUCAAGUGAAAAUGAAGUAGUAUUUCCCCCUUUACUGACCAAGGCGAGUGGUUCUGUCCUUGACGAAAGGUUUAAUUUUUGGGGAAAGGGAAGAUAUAUGAUAUGAAGGACUCGGGAGUUUUUUUUUUGUCACUUGAUUCGUUAUAUAAUAAUCAGCUGACUAUUUGGAGUAUGGUGCUGUUAAUAAUACCUUGCCUUUGCCGUCCAAUAAUAGGGGUCAGAGGCAGGGGGAAGAAGCUGUUUUCAAAUUGCCUUCUAAGUUUAUACUUUUUGUGUUGCUGAUUCUUUUAUCACUUUGCCGUGAAAAUAGACCAUUUUGAAAGGUUGGUUUAUUGAUUCUAAAUUGCUUGACGUGCAAACCGUGCAAUUAAUCUGAAAGUUGCUCUGAUACAUAAGAUUUCAGGUAAAGACGAAGAACUGCGCGCAAUUGACCGUCGAAUUCAAUUGGUUAGGCUAACCUGUGGUUGAUAUGAAUGUUUGACUGUUCUAAUAAGUAGUUAUUUAAUGAAUUAUGCUUGUUUAUCUACAUAAUCCAACCUUUCAAAAUGGUCCAUCAUAAGGAUUAAGCCAAUGAUAGAGCUCACUGCAUAAACGAUGUAUGGAAAUGUAGAUUUGACGUCAGUGAUUAUCAUUUGGUGAUUAUACAUAUCAUUUGUCCCUACUUGCUACUGUGCUGUUUCCCAGAUGCCGGAGUUUUCCAUUGGGGCUAUUCCCAGAGAAGGAUCAAGUUUGCCACAGUCUGUAUGACCACGAAGAGCAAAUACCCUGACA